AUGUGGAAGAAGAUUCAUAAACCUCGAGAUUGGGCAAAGCCCCAGGGCCAGACUGUCUCUGUCUCCGCAAGUGACAAGAUACACGCCAUAUCUGGAUUUGGCCAUGGGGGUUAUGCGCUGGGGUCAUCAGCGACCCAGCCAAAAAUUAUAGUACCUGAACCUCUACCGAGCCCUUCAUACGCAGCGGCACAUGCACGGAACCCUUCGUCGGUAUACUCGCGAGAGUCAACGGCGCCACAGAGUCGAGGUGACGGCUACCCUCAGCGUUACUCCUCUGCAUAUCAUUCGGGAUACGGCGAUCGUGAUGUGUCUCCGCCUGUCUCUCCCAUCCGUGAACAUUACUCUUCGUCAAAGGGAAGCCAGAAUGUAUCUCCGAUCGAAGAACCUAUUGGUAGCCCUAUUACAGGCAAAUACGGGAAAGAAAGCCGUCUACCCCGCCGGACUGGAUAUGCGCCUGACAUCAGGACUGGAAAUUCAGAUAUGAGGUCGUCAUCGGGGAGCAAACAGUUGUUCACGAAAUUGGAUGAGUAUGCUGGUGAACCACUAGCAAAUGACAAGGGUAAAUAUGCCCAGGUUACUCCGGGAAGCUUGCCGCUUGAAGACUAUUCUGGGGUUAGCUCUUCUCAAAGAUCGCAAUUUGACUUAAGACAUAUAGAUCCGAGACUAGGUCAUAUGAAUGUCCCCAAGACUAGAGGCCGAACGGACUCUGAUACCUCAGCCUACGGCAAUCCUCCUCCACCGCCAUCAAAGGAUGGAGGAUAUCGGAGCCAGUCUAGUACACAACCAAGCGGCAAUAAGGCUAGGAGUAACAAGGAACUUCCAGAAGCGCCUAAGCCGAGACCAGCAGUUCCACAGAAAGAUUCUACGUCCACGAAAGCAACUCCCGCGCCAUUAACCAUACCAACGUCAACUUAUUCGAGCCUCUUUGAGGAAACACCACAGCCAACCCCAGCAUCAGUGUGGGGAGUUGGGCGGUUCGGCGUGGACUCAGCCAAACAUAGCACGACGCGAGACUCCACAGAAGAAAGCGACGUUCUAAGUGACACUUUGACGAAAAAAUUACAGGGCGUGGGACUCUCACAGGAGCCUUGUAGUCGCUUCAGUGUGACAACGUACGCGCCGACAGAACCUGGCAGCCCUCCACCGACCUCAGAUGCGUUUGACCACCCGCUCCCAGCUAUUUCUUCUAGGAUGCACCAGUUCUCCCUCAAAAACACCACACGGAAGCCUACCCCCUCUCAAAUGACUACUGUUUCUGAAGCGGAAACGCUACCUCAGACCCAGCCGGAGACAAAUAUUUCUGCUCGAAUCGAUGAAGUCAAAGCUAAGCUUGCAGACCUUGCUCGUCGAAAGGUGAAUAUCGAUACGAUGAUCCAUGAGUUGACACAGGUCAUCCAGCCUAGCUCUAUCGCGUAUGAUAUGGCCACUAGAAGCGAAGUGAGUAAAACGGUCACAAGCUUGAACAACGAGCUGGCAGAUAUCAAGAAGGAGGAGCACGAACUUGGGUUGAAGCUACUCCGUGCGUACAAGAAGAGAGACCAGGGGGACAUAUAUGCCAGUGAGCCCACGUUAUGGGUUAAACGGGUUACGAGUUAA